AUGGCACCGUGGAUUCUUGGAGAUCGUUUUGACACCGUCUACCCGCACAAGGGGUCGAUCAAGGCUCUGUGGGAGACCAAGUGGAAGUUCUGCUGUGAGAAAUCCAUCUAUCCGUUCCACGAUGGAUCAUUCGAGGACUUCGAGCCCAUUUUCCAGCAGUUGAUUGCGGAAAACAUCAACGACGGCUGGACAGAUGCGUACACCGAGAAGUUCCUGCCGACCGUGACGGCCCUGGAGAAGGAAGCAGCCGAAGCGCUGAGCAGCGGCCACCGAGACCGAGCCUCGGACCUAUACCGGCGGGCAGCAGUCGUGCUGCGGAUCUCGCGCUUCCCCUACGUGAGCCCAGCGACACAGGGUACUAGCUCCAUGAAACGGGCCGCGCUCGAGCGCCAGAAACAAGUGUACAUGAAAGCCGCGGCGCUGUGGAAGCCCCACAUCAGCGAGGAGGUGAUCGCGCACACGCACAGCGCCGGCCGCGACGACAGCCACAUCCCGCUGUACGUGCGCAUACCGGAGGAAGCCAGCGCGCAGCACCCCGUGCCGGUCGUGCUGCUGAUGACGGGGCUCGACGGCUACCGGCCCGACAACAGCCAGCGCACCCAUGAGAUCGUCAACCGCGGAUGGGCUACCGUCAUCUGCGAGAUCCCCGGCACGGCCGACUCGCCUGCCGACCCGGCGGACCCGCAAUCGCCCGACCGGCUCUGGUCCAGCGUACUUGACUACAUGGCGAGCCGGCCUGAAUUCGACAUGUCGCGUGUUGCGGCCUGGGGGCUGAGCGCGGGCGGCUUCUAUGCCAUCCGUGCUGCGUGUACGCACCGCGAUCGUCUGGUGGGAUCUGUUGCCCACGGGCCUGGCUCGCACCAUUUUCUGAGUGCCGAGUGGUUGAGCCAUGCCAAUGACCAUGAAUAUCCGUUUAUGCUCACGCCCGCCCUCGCCGAGAAGUACGGCUACGCUGACACGGCAGACUUCGAGAAGAACGCCCAGAAGAAGUUCUCUCUCAUCGAGACGGGCGUCAUGGACCAGCCGAACUGCCGGCUCCUGCUCCUCAACGGCGUGGACGAUGGGGUAGUCCCAAUUGAAGACUGCCUGGUCCUCUUCAACCACGGCGGACACAAGGAAGGCCGCUUCUUCGAGAACCGCAUGCACAUGGGAUACCCGGACAGCCUGCCGGUGGCCUACAAGUGGCUGGAGGAUGUGCUGUCUCCCAACAAGACGGCGCUGAAGAACUGA